AUGGAUGGACUCAACCUCCGCGACUUCUUGUUGAAAGGACUGUCGGGAGUGCCAGGUACCCGUGAAUUUUUUAUUCACGUCCUUGUGUCAUCUCCUCGCAAGUUCAAUGGCCUCUUCCCCUUUGCUCGGCCACGUCCACGCGCUUACCUCCAAGACAUUCUCGUUCUUCUUUCAGAACAAGCCACUCCCGAAUCACCGCGUAUCUUGGUCACUGCUAUAGAGGCAUCCGUAUAUAACAUCCCCACCACUUCGUGCGCAAUUCUCUACAUAUCCAAAGUCGAUUCGACUGGACAAGCCGCCUCACCCUCCCCAACUCCCUUUCUUGUCCGCUCACUCUUGUCGUAUUACGCCGAUCCCGAAACACGGCCCAUUUCCGCCAGUCACCUUUGGAUCCAUCUUUUUGCGCGGGCCCAGUCGCAAUAUCUUUUCCCCAACUCAGCAGACUUUAGUGGCAAAAGGCCAUUAAGCGACGUGAAGCUUUGUGCAUGGUGGAAACGCGUCUUGACUGAAGUGGUCGACGGGGUCAAGAAGAGAACUGACUCAACAAAGUUGUAUUAUGUGCUUCCGGGCUACACUCAGCUCGAAGCUGAACAGGCACUCAUGCCAGUUUCCCCUCCGACUAGUGCUUCUACUUCCACUUGGAAUUACGGCCACCCGUAUACCCAAACGGAAAUCCCGCUCCCUUGCCCACCACCGCCAGACAAAACCACCCACAAUCUUGGUCAUUACAUACCCACGUUCGAUGACGAUCCAAAGUCGCGGUUCAUGGACGAGAUUGGGUGUGACGAAGAGGUUAUCCGGUCUCCCCCGAAGAAGCGCGCUCGAAUAAGCGUUGAAUCGGAUGUGCCGAAUAAAGUAACCGAGAAGGAAGUGUCCGGAGAGUUGGCCAAAGUAUCGAGCGACGACUUCUGGGAGCGAAUGUCUUUCCGGCAAGAAUGCGUCGCUGGGGCGGUCACGGGAUUUUUCAUUGCUGCUAUCUCUUGCAGCAGCAAGCCAGAAAUAUCCCAAUCGCCACUCGCACCGUCACCAGGACAGGUGUCGAGCCAACUGAAUAAACGAAUUCUCACCUCGUUGAUGACUGGAUUGGAGUUUUCGACAGUCGAGCGUGCAAUCAAAGCUACAGAGAGCUUGGAAGGGUCUAUAAAGGGACUCUGUGAACGACCAGUUACUACCAGUCGUAUUGUCUCUGAUCGGCAGACGCCAGAGCCUGAACCACGAAUGCUUCUUGCUCCACCAUCUACACCCCCUCCAAGACGGCGACCCGGUUCCAAUCUUCCUGACAUAUCACCCAACCCAUUCCCAGAACCGGUAAACUCACUCGAGACAUUCGAAUCGCAUAUAUAUGGCUCAAUAAGAGUCAAGAAUGCCGCGCAGGCCAAGCCUCUAGCAACGGCGGGAAACACGCCAGUCACUGUGUUGGCAGUAAGGAAGAAAAAGAAACCUGGGGCAUGA